CUGCUUUCAUUUUAGAUCCUGUAAGUGAAAGAAGAUGGGGUCUGGCUGCAUAAAAGUCACCAAAUACUUCCUUUUUCUCUUCAAUCUCCUGUUCCUUAUCCUGGGUGCUGUAAUCCUGGGUUUUGGAAUAUGGAUUGUGGCCGACAAAACCAGUUUCAUUGCAGUUCUACAGACCUCAUCUUCCUCCCUGCAAACUGAUGCCUACGUCCUCAUUGCUGUUGGAGCUGUCACCAUGCUGAUGGGGUUCCUGGGAUGUCUUGGAGCAGUCAAUGAAAUCCGCUGCCUCUUGGGUCUGUAUUUCGCCUGCCUGCUGGUGAUCCUCAUAGCUCAGGUGUCUGCUGGGCUGAUUAUCUACUUCCAGAAAGACGCGUUGAAAGAAGAAUUGUCCAACAUAGUUGAGAAGCUGAUUCAAAAUUAUGACCCUUUGAAUGAGGAGGAGAAGGACUUGCAAGAUGCAUGGGACUACGUGCAGAGACAGAUUGCCUGCUGUGGCUUGGAGGGAGCAGAGGACUGGAAAAACAAUGCAAUUCUCAUCAACAAAAGCUUGGCUGAAUAUCCCUGCUCCUGCUACAAUAGUUCAGAGGACAAUGUGGCGUAUAGUGGCUUCUGUACUGAAGGUCUCCCUUCAAACACCACUGUGACGUUUGCUGACUGGCCUGUUCAUCAGCAGGGAUGCAUAAAUGGUAUCCAGAUGUGGUUGAAGGACAACCUUGGUAUCAUUCUUGGUGUCUGCACAGGUGUUGCUGUUGUAGAGCUGCUGGGGAUGAUACUGUCCAUUGCACUCUGCAAGAACAUACACAGUGAAGACUACACCAAAGUGCCCAAGUCUUGAACCUGCUGACCCUAGAGCUACGGCACCACAGAGAAAGGAGCAAACAGAACAUUCCUGCCUCGUAUCCAGACUGUCCAAUCGUUGACCAUUAUUCCUGUGACAUCCCAUUUCUGAUACCACUCUGCUAAGAACAGUUAGAGCUGCAAUAUGGCCUGAUAUUCUGGCAGUAGGGCCCUUGGGCCACUU